GUGUGCUUUUAAAACUGUACAUCAAACCAAAAUAACGGUCCCGAAAGUCGCGUUCUUUUUUCUCCUCCCGCUGCUGGCUUCUCCCCCUGAAUCGGAACAUGGAACAUUGCGAAAUCUGCCACCAACCGGUGGCCCACACGUUGCGUUCGACGGCCCGGGGCCGAACGGGCAUCGCGUGCAGUGGCACCUCCUGCGGCGGCCGAAUCGUCCACGCCAAGUGUGCCAACCUCGCGGGACCGGUGCUGGAAGCGCUGACCGGGGGCAGCAACCUGGGAUUGUUUUGGUUCUGUGAGCGGUGCCGGCGUCAUCCGGAGCGACGCGUGUUGGCCGAGCGGAACCGCCACCAGGAACUGACCGAGCUGAGCGCGAUCCGGGUGUUGGCCGCGAAGAUGGUCGAAUCGGUGGACGAAAAUCUGAACCACGUGAGGUGUUUGGUGAGGGGCGAGGAGGAUCCCGGUGGUAAGGAGGACAAGGCGUGCCAGUGGCCGGAGGUGGAACCGGAGUUGCCGCCGCUGCCGGCGGAGAUUUGGCAGAACGUGUUUCGGCACCUGGCGGAAGCGGAUCUGUUGAGGGUGCGUUCGACCUGCCGGCGUUGGCGGGACAUGCUGGAGGGUUGUACGGCGUUGCGGGAAAAGUUCCUGCCGCGGUUCCCGAAGGGAGUGCUGAUCGAUGGGAAUUACGCACCGCAGUUUCUGUUUCCGGCCGCUUCGAGUAUCUUUUUCGGGAAUGCCCGGAUCUUUGAAGUAGGUUCUUGGUGGACGCGGAUUGGCCCAGGGCUGACGGAGAUUAAUUUUUGUGAGUGUAAGUGCGUGCUGGGUGCGUUGUUGGCCAUGCUACGCGAGACGCCCAAUCUGAAGGAAACGUCGUGGAAUGACGUCAUGCUGGAUACGGUCGAGGGUUGUUCCGAAGUGGACUUCCGGCUUAAUCAAAUGGAGAAGUUCAUCUUCAAAGGUGAUAGAGAUGCGAAGAUUUUAAGCGUUAUGGAGAAGCUUUGCCCAAAUUUGAAGAUCCUCCUGAUUAAUUCGGACGAGCUGAGCGAUGCCGACAUGGGGCGCGCAGUCAGUUUCGUGACAUCCGUCCAAAAGACCUUGGAAACUCUCCAGAUAACCGUCACCGACAGCGCGAUGGAGCAACUGUUAAAGCUGGACCAACUAAGCCUCAAGCAGUUGCUUUUGGACGGAGAUGAAAUUACCGACAAGAGCGUCGCGGUCGAUUUGUGCCGCCAGAUUCCCUCGAUAAAGGGCCUCCAUCUGCAGAGUGGGUUCUCGCUGCGAGGAUCGGACCUCAAAGAACUUGGCGAAUCGCUGCCCAACCUGGAGUGCUUCUCGACGCACUUCCCGCACCAGAUGCAAAUACUGCCAACGUUCCUGGCCCAUCUCCCCACCAGUCUACGCCACCUGGCCCUCGUCGGCGAUAACGAGGAACGGCACACGAUCGAAUUCACCGCCGCCAACGUUGGCCAGGGCUGUCCGCACCUGACCCACCUGGCCCUUCACGAGAUAAUUCUCCCCGGCGACAGUCUCCAACAGCUGACCGCCAAAUCUCCCCAGCUCACCUCCCUGACGCUGGAAACCGUCGACAUUAGAGACUGGCCCGCUCUGUAUGCGGCCUUCGCCGAACUGCCAAGACUCGUGCGAAUCCAUCUGUCGCUGGUGAACACGCAGGAAACGGUCACCGAAGGCGGAAACGUGUUCAACGAGCUGCCGAACGUAAAAUUUCUCAAACUCAACUAUUGCGACUUUGACGAGGAGGAGCUUGCGGCACUGCUGGGUGUUUUGCCCAACCUACAGCAGCUCAAGCUGUUCAACAUGUACGAAAAGGUCGGCGAUGACGUGUUGGGGAUGAUUUGUCGGAAAUUUAAGCGCCUCAGCGAGCUCAAGAUCGUGGGCUGUUCGUUGACGCCGGCGCAGGAGCGGCUGAUUUAUGCGGAGUUGGGCGGCGCGUUGCGUUCGUUGGUCAUUUCGGAGAAUCGUCAUAAUUGUGACUAAACCGGACCCAAAAAUACACAUAAAAUGUAAUUAAAGCGCUACAAUAAUGAAUUGUACAUAAAGAACAUAUCUUGAAUUAUAAACGAACAGUUAUUUAAUA